AUGUGCACGUUUUCACCGUAUUCGAGGAACGCGAUGCUGCGGCGACAAUACGAUCCAGUCGAUGUCGUGCGGGGGUUGCUUAACCCCAAACCCCACAGGAAUUUAUCUGCCGCAUCUGUCAUGCAUACCGACGAGAAAACCGUUGGCGGACGAGAUGGAUUUCUCACUUGGCUGAAGGACAUCUUUAAUAAAUCUGCAGAGGAUAAAAGCAAAAGCCGCAAGGCUGACACUGUGAUCGUCGAUCGUGCAGCAACGGCAACAACAUUCAAUCGGCCAGAAAUAGCGACUUCCAUGCGGCCGGCAGACCCCUCGGACAAGGUCGACGUCAUUAAUCAAAAACUAGCCAACUUCUACGCGGUGCGAUCGACGACGAAGUUCGAGUAUGGGAACAUCCGCGGUGAGAAGCGUGACGCGGAGAGCGGCGAACGUGCGUACGCGACUCAACAAUCGGCGAUCUACGCUACGUCGCAGCCGAGUCGUUUUGCGGCUGGAAAAACUUCCGAACGCGAGAUGGACCCCGGCAAGGUGUAUCGAUCCGAGAAGAACGGCGGCGCGAUCGAGUUUGCGGCGAGAGUCGAUCUCGACGUGGCCUCGCAUUAUCGUUGUUACACGAGCCCGAGACACUGUUAUCGCCUGCCACCGCAGCGGACAAAACAGCCGCUGCUGGGAUUGUGCGUCCCGAAUAGAUACAUCAGCAUGCCGACGCGCGCGAUCGUGGGUUUCGCUCCUAGGGACUCAAAGCCGCCCAUCAAGGAGCCUGACGCGCCCGAAAAGCGCGAGAAGAAGGACGAGAAGAAGAAUAGAAAGGAUAAGAAGAAGCCGGUAAUACAUGCGGACGGCGAAUCGGUAUCCGUCGAUAGUAGCGAGAACCGAGCGGAGAUGGUGGCGAACGAUAACCCGAGGAGUGACCCCGACGCGGCGUUUCGUUACGAAUGGGGCGUGAAGCUCGCUGAGGAACAGCCGGCCGUCGAAGCGGCAAACGAUAACGAUAAGUUGGCCGAAAAGGGCCAGCGAUACGUCACGAAGCGGCUUUGGGGAGUGAACCUGAAACAACCGGAGCCGGAUACCGCUCCGCCGGCGACCGCGAAUUCUGGGCGAGGCGCGGAGAAGCCUCAAAACGCAUCUUCGACCCUUGAGAGUGGCGAUACCACCGACGGGGCAAAGGGCGGCGCUGGGACAGCGCCGAACGAUUCGCCGAACAAGUCUGACGUAUCGAGCUUGAAAGGUACAACCGCGGAGUAUCUCUCGACUCCGUCGAGUCAGACCGGCCCGAGUGACAAUCUUGUCGCGACGCAACAGGAUAGCCACGACGCAAGCUCAUAUAUGAGUUCCGAAGAGCUUCGAAAAAUCAUGAGAACAUCCCCGAACAUGCUGAAAGAGACGAUAGUCGUCGACAAUGAGUUCAACAUUCCGGAAGAGGCGGGCUUGGACACCGAGAUCACUGCCUGGCGAAAUCUCGUGACGAGAUCAGUUCCGGAGGUCAAAGAGAAUUAUUCGUCGGCCGACACGGAGAACCUGGAAAUGGUGUCUAUCCGUCCGGAAGCACCGCAGCCGAAACUGGAUGUGCGAGUUGUAAGAUCCACCGAGGACAACUUGAAGAACAAAGAGAUUGAGCAAUUGGACUCCAGAUAUACGUCGCCGAAGACAACGGAGAUUAAGCGUGUCGGAUCUUUGCGAAGACCGGACUUGUAUUCCAACAGCAAGAAACUGCACACUAUGAGCGCGCAAAUUCGUUAUAUUCAUCGGCGUACGAAUAGCAUUCAACAUAGUGAAUCACUUUCAAGUAACUUUGCUUCUGUCGAUAGAACUAAGAUGAAAUGUCCAGGAUUUGUGUCAGCCUUUUCUACGAAUUCUGAAGGUUCUAUGCCGAAGAAAGUGAUCGAUGGGGCAUCGAGUCAGCAGAGUAAACAACAGAGAGACUCGAAAAACCAAAACGAGGGAAACGACCCUAAUUCGAAUAAUAUAUUAAGCAGCAAUCCAUCUCCCAUGCUUGUAAAAUCUCGAACAUCGUCAAGCAGCGACCAGCAAGAAACGGAUACUGAUUUCGCAAAGGUCCUAGAUGUUAUCGCAGACAAAGAAAUGGAGAUUUCCAUAAACCAGCUGCAAAGUACUGGUCGUAAGAAGACCGCUCGUCUCUCGGAUUCUGUCGUGUCUUCUGAAUUUACGCAAAAGGAUAAAUCUCGCUCUAAAGACGAAAUUGCACAAGACGAAAUAAAACAUUACAUCGACUCACACGACGAAGACGCUACGUACGUCGAUUUCAACAAUCCAUCAACUGACAGUGAUUCGAUUAAAUCAGACGCAAUCAAAUCGGCUAAGGGAGAUUCGGGACCUACAGAUAACAGCGCUACCCUCGACUCGAACGUGAAAAACGUAGGCGACGAUCCGAGCAAGGAAUACAUCAUCGAUGGCGAUUACAUACGAUUACCCGGCGAUCCUUAUCCCUACAGUAAGGAAAACCUGGACAAGUGGCGCGUGCCGCGUUCCAAGAAUCUCAUCUACAAAUCGUGGAAGCAGCCGGAAACGUCAUGCUCCUCCGAUUCUCCCACAGUCGCGCGGUCAACCCUGAGGAACGCUAAUGAUGCGUACGCAAACGCCGCCGGGGAGCCGCGCGAUUCUCACGCCGGUAAUGCGGUAAUGGAGACUUCAGGAAGCGGCGGCGAUAGCGGCGCGAACGCAAGAAAGAGGACGGGACAGGUGAGCGGAUUCCACGUGUCCUCACGGGAUCAGCGGGUGGUGUCUGAUUACCUGCGUGGCGACGCCGCGGACGCGCUGGGACUGCGGCAAUGGACGGAAGUCUUUUCGCGGCUCGACGUCGGCGAGAAGAUAAACGAGGCGGCACGAAGCGGCGACAACGCGCCGUUCCGCGCGCGUUAUGAGUAG